UCGCAACAAGUCAGCUGCACCGGUGGUCACGUGUGUAAACAUGCGCAUUCACAGUGGCGUUUAGCGGCCAAAGACGUUUCAUUUCAAACUUUUUGACGCCGUGGAGGCUACAAAAAUAGGAAGAAGGUAUCCCAGGCAGCGAGGAACUGUAACUGUAACUUCUCCGCGCUCACAUGACUUGUUUUAGGAACCAACAUGGUGGUCACAGUUCAGGUUUAGGUUCGCUGUCUCUCAUGUCGAAGUUGGACCGAGGAGUUCACCGCCGAAGAGAUGAUCUCAUCGCCGGACUUGCUGCCCUUCGCCGGGCCGGAGGGUUUCGGGGAGAACGCGGUGGAGGGUGACCCCGGGGGGCUCCCUGAGGCGCUCUCCGUCCCGCUGUUCUCCUCCAGACAACCAUGGAGCUCCAGGGCCAGCUUCCACACGGACUUUGUGCUGGUGGCAGAGUUCUCAGAACAGGUGGGCCCUACGCCUGUGAUGACCAUCCCAGAUGACCCUCGGGUCAUUGGUUCUUUCGACCUCAACCACUUCUCAGUUCGCAUCAUGUCGGUGGACUACCAGGCGUCAGGCCCCGGCUACGCCCCUCACACCUCCGCAGGCCUCCGCCUCAACUUCAGCGAGGACUCCAAGGUGGUCCUGGGCGACUCGGCAGAGGACGCCUUUGCCUAUGUGCAGCAUGUGACGCUGUACGACCUGGAGGCACGCGGCAUGGUGCGGCCAUUCUGCAUGGCGUACGUAUGCUCGGAGGAGGCCAAGCUCAUGGAGAACUUCACCCGGCUGUCGACUGGCUUCUCCCGGGCGUCCGACAGCCUCAAGACAGGCAACAGGCAGGCCUUUUCUUUGGAGCUGCAGAGGAAGCUACAAGAGCUCCAGUAUGCACGCGCGACACUGCUGCAGGACGUUGAAGGAGGACAAUCGGAUGAGCUGGAAGUUCUAGAGCGCUCCAUCUUCACUCACAAAGAUCUCCUCCGCCAGGUGACUUCCUAUCCAAACAGGAAGCUCAAACAGCCAGACUUCCUACCCUACGACCCAGCCCCGACGGACAUGACGGCAGCCCUGCCUCCUCCCCUGUUACCACCCACUUCCUGCAGGUCAGAGCGCCACCUGAAACCCAUAGAUGAGCUCUGCAACGCCUACUUCCUGUUGCUGAUGCGAGAGCAGCUGGCUCACACAGAGCGGCAUCUCCGUGGCGACACCAGCACUCUGCGGAGCGCUCACAUCACACGCUCGCUCUCCAGGAAGCUGCAACUCACCAACUUCCUCUUUGAGCUGUGGCAGCCUGACGAUGAGGAAGAGGAGGAGGAGGAAGCAUUGCCGAGGGCAACAGGAAGUCAAAGUGACGAGCAGCCACUGAGUCCCGAGUCGUUCUGCUCCUGCGUGGAGGAGCUGCCCAUCAAACUGGAGACGGGAGAAGAGGUGACCCCCGACCCGCAGGGCACCAUGGAGAUGACAGGAAGCGUCAGUAGCAGUGACAGCAUCGAAGUGAUCGGGACGGAGCGCUCGUAUCGCACGCAGCGGCAUGAUGCCUCAGACUCUGAGGUGCCCGUUGCGAGGAGUAGCGGGUCGGAGGCGGUCCCCAGACGAGUGAGAGGAUAUGCCAGACGAGCCAACAGCGAGGACAGCAUCGAAGUCCUGAGCACCACCGAGUCCAUCAUCCCCGAAGACCUCACCGCCAUCACAGAGGAAGAGGUGGAGCCACAGCCUCUCAGUAAGGGUUUCUCAGAGAAGUGGGAGGAGUCAAGAAAUGACCCAAAAAUGAAACCCUGUGAUGACAAACUUGUUAGCAGUGACGUCACAGUGAAGGAGGCACUUUGGGGGAGGAGCCUUGCUGGUGAAGGAACAGGAAGUAGUCCAAGUGAUCAGAUUCUGCCUGACCUCGUGGUGAACUUUAGCACACCGCUCCACAUUGAACGAUGGUUGCCGCCCUCUGCCCCCUUCAGGCCGCCCAGCGCAGCAGAUGAGGCGUGGGACAGCGCCAGCUUGGCCGGCUCCUCGGACCCGCCCUCCCCACACCAGAGCGUCCAUGGCAAGGUCCUCUCUGACAAAAGGACGCGAAGGAAGGCGGGCCUACGAGCGCUGCGCUUCCUCAAGCAAAACUCCUUCUCCCAGCACGCUGUGUUCUGUUUGUUGAGCGGCCGGCCGCUGGUGGUCGUAGGUGGCGAUGAGGGUCUGGUGAGGAAGACGGUGGAUGGACUGAGCCUCUUCCUGCCUGCCCCCGGCGCGGUGAUGAAAUGUUUGAGCACGCCCCUGCAGCUGAGCGACCUGCUCACCUGGAGGCUGAUUGGCAUCCACAGGUCAACAUCCUCGCCAUCUUCCACCAUGCUUCACUCCCUGACCCGUUACAGUCGUUAUCUGGGCCUGCUGGACCUGGACCAGAGGACACUGCGCUGUCCGUCCUACUCCGGCUUGCUUGUCAAGACGCUGGCCGACCGCUCCACUAACAUCCUGCGUGGAGCCACCUACCUCCUGCACCUGGAGAGCGGCCUGACGGCGCUGGCCAAUCGGGCUCUGCUGUUCACGUUCGGUUCCGAAGAGCCCGAUCUCGGAAAGGCUUCCCCGUCUGUGCUGGGCGACUUGAGUGUGAUGCGUUUCCUGUCUGACCUCAUCAAGCAGCACCACGCCGGACGCGGACCGCCAGCGUUACGCUUCUCGUACGUGCCGCUGCACGUCCACAGAAACACGGCUGCCACAAGCAGAUCAUAAAACAUGUUCAAAAUAAAUUAUUGCACUCAUCUCCUGUCUCGGCUGUUUAAUACCUGAUUUUCAAGUCUUCUGGCAAGUCUUCCUAAAAGAUUUAGAAAUAAGGCACAAAAAUGCUUCAUCACGGCGUCCUUUAAAGCAGGGGUGUUCAAAGUGUGGCCCAAGGGACAUUUGCGACACAUAUCCCAAUAGUAAAUUACAAUUAUGAGACGAAAAGUCGAAAUUGAGAUAACACAUGUCGCCUUCUUCACUGGAGCCUUCGUAUCUCAUUAUUUCAGCUUUUUAAUCUCAUUUUGACUUCCAAAAAUGUGACUUUUUAUCUUGUAAUUUUGACUUUUUAUCUGAAAAUUAUGACUUCCCAAGGGGAUAUUUUUUUCUUUCAGUGAACAAAAACAUUAGCCAGGAUUUUUUUUGUUUUUUAUAGAAAACCUAAGUAAUCCAAAGUAAAGUAAUUACAGUAAUCUCUUAUCUAGCAUUAUAUUUUAAUAAUAAAAAAUGAAAAACAUGUAUUGGUCUAUUUAUAUAGUAUUUGGAUCAAAUAUUAAUUCAAAUUUUAGAUGAAAAAAAUAAUAAAAAAAAUAUUUAUUGAUAAUAUAUUGAACUGAUAGCAUACUGGAUGUGGCUUUUGGAAAAAGUUCGGACACCCCUACUUUUUAGUUUUUGCCCUCAUGCUAAGCCAGUGUUUCAAAGAAAUGAUAAAGUGUUUGAUAUAUUGCAUACUUAAAAAGAGCCCUCAACAUAAGCACAGAAUUCUCACCCAUAGAAUAUUUUUACAGUCUCUGCAAAGCGGUUGAUUGGCACUUCGGGUUUUGGCCAAAGGAGGGAUGGGGCUCUAAAGCAGCUUGUAAAGUAAAAAAAAAUGGCAGGUGGUCUUCAUGAGGGGACUGAGGAAGGGACGUGGGUGCAUAGAGAAAGGAAGGGCUGCAGGCAUUUACUGCUAAAACACAGCGCUGCAAAGCUACACGUCUUACUGCUCACAGUUUCUGGCGCGAGGAUCCAGAAGGUGUCUAAUGGAGUGAAGAGAACUUGCAGGGCCCUCUGGGGAAGAAGAGACAGAAGCAAAGAUGUUUCUACAGACGAGAAUUGAAAGGGGGGGACACACACACACACACACACACACACACACACACACACACACACACCAGUUGUGUGUUCCAGCUCCUGAUAGAUCUUUUGCAUGAUGGCGGCGUGGAGGUCGUCAUCGCACAACUUCCAGAACCAGCAGAGAGCCCACAUGUUUCUCUGGCAUUGAAAAAAGAAAAAGAAAAAAA